CAGAUGGAUGAAUUCGUAUUCAUGUGCAAUUUGAAGGCAGUCUCUUUGUAUUUAGGAGAAUGCAGGGAAUCCGCGGACUUGGGCAUACUUGUCGAGGCUAAUGGAGGGCACGCACACCCCAACCCCACUGGUGACAACACCAUUAUCAUGAGCGAUGCUCAGCCACGCUCAUUGAGCAAAAAGAGGCAAAUCUACUCCGUCCAAUUCAUCACGGACAGCGUGGCCGCCAACAAGUUGCGUAAACUGAACGACUAUUUAUGUAAUUUUUCAAGCCACUACAAACCAAUCUUCGAUGUUAACGCAAUACUGAGGAGAGAGAAGACCUGGUCGGAAGUGGCACGCUUGAAACACCCUCUCAACCGCGAGCCGUACGAGGAAGCAGAGGACGUAGCAUUGCUGAAUUACGUAGCUCAAAACCACAAAGAUUAUGUUUCUUCAAAAAAAAAAAAAUUUACGCCAACAUACACAAGAUAUUCAAAACAAGAACUGAGCAAGCACUAAGGUAUCGGAUUGAGUCCAUCCUGCUCCCCAAUAUCAGAGAUUAUAACAUAUCAGAUGACUCUAAAAAAAUCCUGGAAGGCAUAGUAACCAAACAGAAGCAACCAAAUUUGGAAUUUGUGAAUACUGACAGGAGGAGGAACAAGAAUCAAGAAAGGGUGGUACCACAGAUAGUGGUGACAGAGACAGAGGGGGA